AUGGAGCCUCCGAAUUUCGAAGCCAUGAACUUCACGGCGGAACCAACAGCGGCGGCGCACCCGAUAUGUGAGGAAUGGAGAGACACCCCGGAGGGCUCCGUGUUCCACCUCGCCAAUAUUUUCCUCUUCCUUGGCUUCAUGGGCGGCAGCGGCUUUUACGGACUCCUCUACCUGUUCACCUUUCUGACUCUGGGCUUCUUCUGCUCCACUCUUUGGGCAUGGUCGGACUCCUGCACAACGGACUCUUUCCUGUGGAGUUUCGCGCUCUUCGGGGUGUGUUUGGGACAAGUUCUGCAUGUUUCCUUUCGUCUGAGAAGCGUCUCCUUCGACAAUGAAUUCCAGGAGAUUUACAACUGUAUGUUUAAAAAACUGGGAAUGUCGCUGACACUUUUUGGGGAGAUAGUGGCGUGCUGUGACGGAGGCAUCCAGACCAUAGAGAGUGACCACUGCUUCGCCAUAGAGGGAAAAACCGCUAUUGACAAGCUGUCGGUGCUCCUGUCUGGCAGAAUCCGUGUGACAGUAAAUGGAGAGUUUCUGCACUACAUCUACCCUUUCCAGUUUCUGGAUUCACCUGAGUGGGACUCUCUCAGACCAUCAGAGGAGGGUGUAUUCCAGGUCACCUUGCAUGCUGAUGACCCCUGUCGAUACGUGGCGUGGAGGAGGAAGAAACUCUAUCUGCUCUUCGCUAAGCAUCGCUACAUAGCUAAGAUCUUUGCCCUGGUUGUGCGCAAUGACAUUGCAGAGAAGCUGUACUCCCUCAACGAGAAGGCUUACGAUGAGUCCGGGCACCGCUAUGAUCUCCGCUUACCGAGCUACAUGCCAGGGACCGAAUUAGAAAAGGCAGAUGUCUUCCUGCAAGUUCCAGUGCAGGGGGAAAAGACUGCCUGAGUACACACACAAACACACACACACACACACACACACACACACACACACACACACUACUCCAAGCCAUAAACAUGAAGGUCCCUAGCUGAAGUGUCACUUCAGUGCAAUUAAAAACAGUACAAUGUUCUUUUUAUGUAAGAUAUUUUUGGGGCAUUUUCCUUCUUUAUUUUUGACAGGAUAGCUGAAGAUAUGAAAGGGGGGAGAGAGGCGGAAUGGCAUGCAGCAAAGGGCAGCAGGUCAGAGUCGAACUCUGGCCCGCUGCAUCAAGGAGUAAACUGUACCAACUGAGCUAUCUGGCCGCUCACAUGUUAUCUAACAGAAGUGGGUUGAAUUGGAAUCCAGGCUGACCUAUAGGCACUUUUACCCAACAGAAAAAACAGUUAAGACAAAAAUGAUAGUGUGCUUGGUUCCUUUGUUAUUUGACUCUUUGAUUUUUACUACUUCACAGACAGGCUUCUUGUAUAUUUUGGCCUUUUCAGUCACAGCCACGCAACAAUAAAAUAAAACGCCCAAGGCUUUGACUGAGGAGCUGAUUCAUCCUUAUCCAUGAAAAAUGUAGUGAAUUUAACUGAGACUUUGUGAGUGUUGUGUGUGUGUUGAAGUGGUUUAAGGCUCAUGACACUAGGCUCAGAUUAUCCUGUAGAAACUAACCUAAAGGCAAACUUUAGUUGACAAAUCCACGCUUUGUCAACUCUCUUUUUAGACAAACAGUAAAAGUGUCAAUUUAAAAGCAGCUAAUUUUGAUGUAUAAGUACAUUAUGAAUGUAUAAAGUUGUAAAAUGUAAUGUUUAUUAUUUAUUGACAAAUUAGAUUAGUGCCUAUUGUUAAUGUAACUUUGUGCAGAUGUAAGAACGGAAAUGUGUAAAUAGGCUAAUUGUGCCUGUGUUGGACUGUACAAAUAAAUUAUACUUUAUUUUA